AUGGCCAUUGAGGCAUUGUUCAGGAUAAUUGGUCAGCAACGGUUUUCACAAGCAGAAAGAGACCAUAGAGAAAAGAAUAACUUGAUGCAUCGUACUUCCAAAGUAUUUUUUUCUAUAAUGAAAAAUCUCUUUUUGUUCUCUAAUAGGGUGAAUAGUGAUAGAUCUAAUGAUGGGGAAGAUAGCCUGGGAAUAAAAGAGUUCCAAAUAAUUGGGGAUGCUAAACCUGGAGGUAAACUUCUAGUGUGUGGAUUUCCAUUGCAUGGGACCUCACAAUGCAUGUUUCAGUGGGUUCAUUACCAUCGAGAUGUUACUUUGGAGUACAUUGAGGGAGCCACAAGUCCAGAGUAUGUAGUUACAGCUGAUGAUGUUGAUAAACUUAUUGCUGUUGAAUGCAUACCAAUGGAUGAUCAUGGUCGUCAGGGGGAAAUAGUCCGACGUUUUGCCAAUGAGCAAAACAAGAUAAUCUGUGAUCCAGAAAUGCAAGAAGAAAUAGACAAAUAUAUGGCAGCUGGUCAAGCAUCAUUUAGUAUUUUGCUUCUGAUGGAUUCUUCUGAGAAUUGGGAGCAAACAACUUUCACUUUAAGGCGAUCAAACUACCAAGUAAAGAUCAAUCGGACACAAGAAAUUUUCAUCCAAGGGGAAUAUACCAAUGAUGUAUCGAUAAAGAUCCCUUCAGGUCUUCCUACACAAUUUGUGUUGACAUAUUCGGAUGGUUCUUCACAUCCUUUUAAUACUUUCCAGGAUGCUCGGUAA